CUGGGUAUAUAUCGUGUAUGUACCUAUAGUAUUCUACAAUGAACACUUUAAAACGAAAUAGUUUGGCAACAGUGUAUUCGUUGCUCUAAUAUCGAUAGUACGUGUUCAUUAUUUAUAAUAUAAUGGUGCAGACAUUAUGUGUUUUAACAUUUCUUACGUUUUUCACAAAACUCUCGGACUCGGCGAACAUACUUUACGUGAUGCCAUUCUCUGCGACAUCUCAUUACAUAAUGUUGAAACCGAUCGGAACAGAACUAGCUCGGAGAGGACACAACGUCACUGUUAUCACUUCAAUAAGAGACAACAACCCUCCUCCCAACUAUCAUCAGAUUUUAGUUAAUGAUACAAAGAUAUGGGACCUUCUUGGUAUCGAGCGACCUGUUGUUUUUAGUAUGGUGGAUUUAAGUACAGAAGAAUUGUACAAUAAAAUUGUAUGGCCCGGGUUAAUAGCUUUCACAGAACUUACAUUCAAAUCCCGUGAAUUUAUGACUUUUUUAAAAAAAGAUAAUGCUUUUGAUCUCGUCAUAAGUGAACAGUUCUAUCAUGAAGCGUUGUAUGCUCUGGCUUAUAAAUAUAAUGCACCUCUAGCGCUAGUCACGACUUUUGGAAAUUGCAUGAGACACAAUUAUAUUACUGGAAAUCCUUUACAAAUGGCUACAGUUAUGGGAGAGCUACUCGUUGUAGAAGAUCCUACAAGCUUUUGGGGAAGAUUUCGUAAUUUGUAUUUCAAUGUUUAUCACUAUAUUUUUUGGAGGUAUUGGUUUCUGGAGGAGCAAGAGAAAUUGGUAAGAAAAUAUUUACCAGAAUUGACUGGAAAAGUACCUUCGUUGUACGAAAUGCAAAAAGAAACUGCUUUGAUGUUGAUUAAUAGCCACUUUAGCUAUGACACACCUGCAGCAAUUUUACCGAAUAUAGUUGAAAUCGGUGGACUUCAUUUUACAAAAAGUAACUUAAGCCUUCCCAAGGAUCUCCAAAAGCUCUUGGAUGAAGCACAGGAAGGUGUUGUUUAUGUUAACUUUGGUUCAAAUGUAAGAAGUAUUGAAUUACCGGUAGAAAAGAAAAAUGCUUUUUUAAAUGUAUUUCGCCAGUUGAAACAAACUGUGUUGUGGAAAUGGGAAGAUGAUGUGUUAGAUGACAAACCGUCCAAUUUAUUUACCCGUAAAUGGUUUCCUCAAAAGGAUAUUCUCCAACAUCCUAAUAUCAAAGUGUUUGUCUCCCAUGGUGGUUUGAUUGGAAUGCAAGAAGCUAUAAUCAAUGGAGUUCCUGUCGUAGGUGUUCCUGUAUUUGGUGAUCAAUUUAAUAAUGUUUUGCUAGCUCAAGAAGCAGGUUUCGGUAAACUCUUAAUGUACCAUGAUAUAAACGAAAAAACAUUGAGUGCAGUGCUCAAUGAAGUGCUCUAUAAUUCUUCCUACAAGGAAACCGCCAAAGAAGUCUCCCGUAGAUUUCUGGACAGACCUUUAUCUCCUAUGGAUACAGCUAUUUUUUGGCUGGAAUAUGUUAUAAGAAAUAAGGGAGCGGAAUAUAUGAAGAAUCCUGCUCGUAAGUUGAGUUGGAUUGCUUAUAAUAUGCUUGAUGUAUAUUUAUUUCUAGCUAUAAUUUUCAUAAUAAUAAUAUGUGUCUUUAUAAAAUUAUGUUUGUACAGUAAAAAUCUCUUCACUGUAAUGAAGGUAUCAAAAUCUAAAAAAAUUGUGUAGCUAUAUAAAAUACAAAAAAAAAAAUACGACGACUUUUUAACUUCACAAGCUUUUUUUUCAAUGAAACAGUUUGUUAUUAUUUUAUUUACUACUUUA